AUGAUGAUGAUGUCGAGUAAGAGCGUGGAGUGGCUGCAGGAGGAGCUGGAGUCCGGGGCCGGCUCUCUGCUGCUGCUGGACUGCAGACCCCAUGAGCUGUACGAGUCCUCGCACAUCGAGUCCGCCAUCAACCUGGCCAUCCCGGGCCUCAUGCUGCGGAGGCUGAAGAAGGGAAACCUCCCCAUCCGCUCCAUCAUUCCCAACAACGAGGAUAAGGAGAAAUUCGUCAAGCGCUGCAAGACGGACGUGGUGGUCCUGUACGACGAGGCGAGUCCAGAGCGACAGGAGUCCGGGCUGGGGAGCUCCGUGCUGGGGCUGUUGCUGCAGAAACUGCGGGACGACGGCUGCAAGGCUUUCUUUUUGGAGGGUAAGACCUCAGGGGUGGAUGAAGACCCUCUAAUUCUGACUAAACUCACACUGACAGAAGGACAGAGUGAUUAUUUCCCCUCAGUUUGAUGACCUGAUGUUACAUAUGUGCUUGUUUGAUUUCCAAACAAACACUGAACUGAUCUAGUAUCCCUAAUUCUGGAUAUUAUUGAAGUAUUUUGCCUCAUAGCUCCUGUUUCUGUACCCAGUAUGAAGUGUUUUAGUAAAAAACAUGAUCUUAGAUGAAUAAUUUGUGCAGUAUUAGUGUUGUUACAGAUUAUUUACAUGCUCAUGGUAGUUUAGGUUUAACAGUCUGCUAUAAAAAGCAAAAACUCAGGUCUCUUAUUUUAGUGUUGUUUGUUAAAAUAUGAUUUAACUCAUUUAGUGAUUAUAUAAAACAUGUCAGUGUGAAGUAAGCUGAUUGUGAACUUCUCUUUCAUGUCUCCGCCAUGAUUUACCGCCAUGACUUUAAUAUAAAAAGGAUUGCUUCCCUUUACCAAGUGAGGAGUCUAUACAGCUGUUUGAAGUGUGUUUUUGAUUAAAUCCUAUAGAAAUGUCCCCGCCAUGUUGUGCCCCUUCAGCAAAAGCGUUUUUUAAUGAAUGAACUGAGAAAAAAAGAGAAAAAGAGGCGUGCGCUGGAGGAUUAAAAACGACCAGUUUCAUCUGUAAAAGCGGACAGCUUCAUGUCAAACAUGUGACAUGCUUUUUUUAAAAUGUUGAACUAGUUUGACUUGCAGAUCACUGCGGGAAAUGUUUCACUGGAGUCACAUACCGAGCUGCCAUUCACAAAAAGUCCACUGAGCAGAGUAGUGAGUGUUGUAAGUGUCCUUCUCUGCUGCUGCUGCUGCUGCUGCUGCUGAUUCUCCCCAGGGCUCAGCUUUUCUCAAUGGAGCACAUCUGUCCAGCAUGUUGGCUUUUUCAUAAUGACGCAAAUAUCACGUUAUUCUCACAUCACCCGGCACACUCAGGCCUGAUGCAGUGGUUCAUAAAAACAUGGUGUGAAAACAGUAGCUACAUUUUUAAGACAAAUCUAUUCUUUUAGUUAUUGCUUUUGGAAUAAACACGAAAAAUGGUAUAAAAAGAUAGAUUUCUGACUUAAUCGUGAUGUACUGAUUGUGAUUAUAGUCAGAAAAUUUUAACUAUCUUGACCAAAAAAAUGAUGAAAUCACAUAAUUUAACCCAACUACCUUUUUCUAAAUGCUGCAGGGGUUUUAAUUUGAAGUGUUUUAUCUGCAGAAAGAGUACAACUCUUAUUUUUUAAACAGAACAAAACAAUUUUAUUCGUUUUCUACUUAUUUCUUCAAGAUUAUAGCUUAACUGUUUAUUUUUAUAUUCUGAAUCAGAGCUACUCAGAGGUCCAAAUAUCCCCCCAUUUAUUCCCUCCAUGGAAAUUAUUUCUGGUUCUUAUUUUACUAUUCAGGUUUUUAUAUCCAGCUAACAAAGCCAGAAGCCCUUUUAAGAUGCUGAAUCACGUCUCUGGUCACUUCAGGGGCACACUUUUUAUACCACCCAUUGAUUUCAUUUUCCCUUUUCUUAAUACUGACAUCAUUUUCUGUUAUUUUCCCUCAGGGGGCUUUAACAAGUUCCAGUCUGAGUACCCCGAGCACUGCGAGACCAAUCUGGACUGCUCGUGUCCCAGCAGCUCCCCGCCGUCCUCUGUCCUCGGUCUCGGAGGACUCCGAAUCAGCUCGGACUGUUCCGACGGGGAAUCGGACCGAGAGCCGGGUAGCGCCACCGAGUCAGAGGGUAGCCCGCUCCCCAACAACCAGCCAGCGUUCCCAGUCCAGAUCCUGCCGUACCUUUACCUGGGCUGUGCCAAAGACUCCACAAACCUGGAUGUGCUCAGCAAGUACAACAUCAAGUACAUCCUCAACGUGACGCCCAACCUGCCCAACAUGUUUGAACAUGAAGGAGACUUCAAGUACAAACAGAUCCCCAUCUCUGAUCACUGGAGCCAGAACCUGUCGCAAUUUUUCCCUGAAGCCAUUUCAUUCAUAGGUGAGUGAGAGGAGGGAUAGAUCCAGGCUGUGUCCACGUGCUGUGACUAUGUCAGCGUGGUAAUGGUUAUUCAGUUCAUUAUUUUGUGUUUCUUAACACCUUACUCUACAAAAUAUGAAAAUAACGCCAGGGAAAAUAUUCACAGAUUCUUACAAUUUAAGACAGAAAGAUAUUAUGCCGACUGUCUGGCAUGAUAAAUAAAAAGCUGUGCAUUUUAUGGAAACACAAUCAUAUUCUGGGCUGGAUCUGCUACUGAUCAAAUAACAAAAAAAUCACAUGAAUUUAGGGGUGAGAGAAAUAAUUGCUACAGCAUUGUAUCGCGAUAUUUUGUCUGGUGAUAUAUCGUACCAUCUCAUUGACCAAAUUUUUUCAAAUUAAUUGUUAAUAUGAAGUCAAAUGUAUGAUAAUAGAAACAUAAAAUCAACUAUUUGUCUAGUGAGGUUGGCAGAGGAGACACCAAAGAGCAGGAGAAAGUUAGUACAACAAAUAAAUAUAUAAGGUUUGCAAGAUGUGCUACAUGAAAAUAAAAUACAGCGUAAAUAAGACAAACAGAAAGGAAAGACAAAUGCUAAAUUAGCUUAACAGUAAAAAAAAAUGUAUUAAUCGCAAUAUAUUGUAUCGCAAUACUUACUGUUUUGCAAAAUGUUAAAAAUCGCAAAAAUAUCGUAUUGUGGCCCAAGUAUCGUGAUAAUAUUGUAUCAUGGGGCCACUGGUGAUUCCCACCCGGGAAUUUCGAUAAUUUUAGUGCUGCAAACCAACAUUAACUUUAGUAAGUUAACUUUUAAAACAAAGACACGUGUACAUAAUCACUCCUUGUCGAGUGUAUGUGCUUGAGAGUAGUGUUGUAAAUAAGAGAAAAGCAAAAAAUGGUAAAAUCUGUGAAUUUUUGGGUAUGUUUUUCUUCUGGAGGUACUUUAUUUGAUCUCUAACUAUUAUCAAAAUCAUGCAGCCAGUGAUCCCCUCUUGGUCUUUAAACAACAAAAAAAAUCAUCCCACUGAGCUGAGGCUUCAUUAAAGAUUUUAGUUUUGUUUAUUGUGACUAUAGCCCAAAACUUAAACUUGUUCAAUCAGCCGUGGUAGUUAUAAAUGUGGGUUAGGAAUUAGACUUACAGAUAUGCUAAACUAGUGAUGAAUCCAAUUAUUAUUGUAGGCCUGAGGUGUUUGUAUGUUGUGUCUAAGCCUCCUGUCACAAGUCGGGAAUGUAGCUUUGGUUCGUGGCUGCCAUAAAGCAAUAAACUCGACUAUCUGGAUGUAAACAAACAAAAAUGACAGACUGCAUCUUUAAAUUCCAUUUGAAUGAGUAGGAAAUUAGUCAGUUGGGAGCAUCUCUUAAGAGAUAUCCAAAACAACAACGAUUACUCAUCCUGAGAAACCGUAAUGAGUGAGAGUUUUCCUGUAAAAUGUCAGGAUUAACAAAUCUGUCUUUGCUUUAAACGUGUUUCCAAAUACUUCUCGACAAAAUCACGGGGGAAGAUCUCCAAGCUGCUGUCAGCGUCCUGCUCCCCUCUUGAUAAAAUAUGGAUAUGAAAUCAUGAAAUGAAAAGCAAAGUCUUGAAUAAAACAUGGGAACAGAUUCUUUCUGAAUGGGGUCAGAAGAAUUUCAUCCCUCGUCCAAGUUCCAGUAUUUCCCAUCAUUCCCGUCAUUCCCUCUCUCAGUGCAUUCCCAGAGAGUGAGUAAAUUCCCUCAGUGAGUCAGAGCAAGCCAGAGUAUUUAUGUUGCUCUUAGAUCGUCCAGAUCCCUGACAUGUCUCUUUUUUUUUCUCCUAAUCUUGGACCGAUGUUUCUGCUCAGGUGGGAGGAAGUGUGACAUAUGCCAGAGCCAGGGGUCGUGGCAGAUUUGGGUCACGCCGAUGUUAAAUGACGCUGUCUGGCGGGCUGUAAUGUGCAGGGAUUACAUCAGGUCUUUUAGCGAACAGCGGGCUAAUUAUGGGUAAAGGAGACCCAGAUGUUACCAUAUGCUGUUCUGUUUUAACUAUGGAUGCCUCAAAUAUCUGAGAGAUUAUUCAAUUAACAUGUUUGCUAAUGAGUUCAAGAUUAUUUUAAGAGAUGCAGAAAUGGACAAAGAUGUGUUUGAAUUUGAAAUCUUAAUCCAGAACCCGGAGAUCAGCCCUGAACAGAUUAACCGCUGGUUACUCAUUCAACUACCGAGUCUUGCUCCUUUGUGUUCAGGGUCUCCCUGUGUGGAUUAUUUCUGGCUCCCUUCUUUGUGGAAAGUGAGCACACAUUACAUUUAAAUGUAAUUUGGCAUCAGCUCUGCAGCCCGAGCUCAUGAGCCUGUGAGCCGUCUGACCCCAAUCCUACAACGAGAGAGCGAGGGGGAGAGGCAGAGAGAGCGAGAGAUAAAGGAGAGGAUGAGAGAGAGAGAAAGGAAGAAAGGAAAGCAGCACUUAACUCUUGCUCUUACGGCUCGUCCUGAUGCAAAGUGCAAGGCCUCAGCUCUGAUUGAAGCUGGAGGAUGUAGCUUGUAAAUAAUGUAAGAUGUUUUUAUUCAGCUUUUUCCACAGAAUGAGAGCAAGAAAGCAGAAUGAAACGCGUCUCUCCGCUAUCGUUGAGGAAGGUCAUUCUGAAAAGAAAGUAUAAUAUAAUGAUAGAUAAUGUAUUUGAAUAUCUAUCUGAAUAAUCCUCCAAAGUAUGAUGAUGUUACUCUACAACUCUGGCUGUGUUUAAAAUAUUCUGUUAUUGCUUCUCCAGUUUUAAUAAGUAGUUGAAAUUAUGAUGUUACAGGACAUUGGUUUCGCUCGUGUACAGAGGCUAAAGUCCUCAUUAUUACACGGUCGUAGGAUUGUCUCCUAAUCCCGACUGUCUCUUUCCAACCGUCCUCGGCCAACAAGUCGCUCCUGUGUUUUCAGUCAGUCAUCAGCAAACGAGCUUUUAAGCCAUUAUCAAAGACCAGACUAAACUAAAUGAGCAAAUUUGGCUUCACACUUUACCAACUGGGCUUUGUCAACUUCUAGAAACCAGUGAGAAGAGCGGAGAGAAGGAAAGAAAUGCAAAAAUAUGGUGUGUGAAACAAAAGCUGUCCAAACUUUGGCAGGAAAUUAGGCCUUUCUAGAAUCCCCUUUCUUGUAGUUACAAGCUUAUCUAGAAACUAGAGCCUUCAUAUCCUUUUCCUGAGUUAAAACAAAAAAAAGCUCUGUUAUGUUUAUUAGUGUAAACAUCACAACUCACAUGCUGCCAUCAGAAGCCAAUCUCUCCUUUUUGCUCCUUGCACCAAAACAGUGAAACAAGCUAAUAUCUUGGUCACUUUCCCCUCCUCCUGGUAAACGUAGAUAUGUGCCAGAACCGUCUCAAAAAGAAGUCGAGAAAGUGGUCAGAAAAGUGUCUGGGUAGCAUGUAAAAAAGAAACCUGAUAUUUUGAUCACUUUGAAGUAGGGCUGGGCGAUAUGGCCUCAAAUCAAUAUCACAAUAUAUCAAGCAGUUCACCUCGAUAACCAUAAAUGGACAAUCACUACUCCACAAGCUGCUCACCCCCACCCACAUUAACUUCGUCGCCGCCACUCCAGCCGUUGCAACUUUUGAACUGUCCUCCCAUCUCCUCACCUGUCUUACCCUCUUUUAUACGGACUGGAUGGGGUGGAGUCACGUCUCUGACUUAGGACAGCAUCUUAAAGGGACAUGAGACCAUAGCCUACUUACACAAAUCCAAAACCAACUUUGAUUUAUUUAUUUUUAGGUAUUUUGGUAGCGGUAAAUUUUCAGUUUAUCACCCAGCCCUACUUUGAAGGAUAAAGAGUGCAAUUUUUUCCCCAAAAAAACCAGAGUAGAGAAAAAAACCUUGAGUCUUAAGUCGUCUGCCUUAGUCUGUACGGCAUUACAAUUUCUUGGCAUCAGCUCGUAAGGUCCUUACACACCGGAACCGACGCAAAUAUACAUAUCCGAAUGUAUCUGUAAUGUAUCUGAACAGGUUAGCUUACGAGCUAAAGUUAUUUAGCACAGAUGAAAGUUAAAACAAAGACGUUUAGCAAACUGUUAAAGCACACAAACCAUUGUCAUAUGAGAAACCCGACACUAUGACUCUUUACAAGUUGUCCUUCAGGUCGUUAUCUUUGUAAUAUUUGUGUUUUUUAUCAAAAAUCACUCUGUUCUCCGACACGUAAACAAUCAGCUGGUCGGCCAUGUUGGAUAUAGCAGUGAAUCCGAAAUCGCAACCACAUGGAAUCUGAUUGGUCAGAAGUGGACACACAGAAUGCAAAACUAGAAAAUUCAUCUGUGAUACAAAAAAAUAAAUGCCGCAAUAUCGCAGGACGGAAAAACGACGCUGAUGUGAACGCUUGUAUCAACAGGAUACGGAUUCAGAAAAAUAUAUUGACGUCGGAAAUAAUCAAACGAAAAAAACGCUCCCGGUGUGUAAGGAUCUUUUCAGUAUUUUGGUAUUGGUACAUUUUCGGUUUAUUGCCCGGCCCUACUUUGAAGGAUAAAGAGUGCUAAUUUUACCCCAAAAAACUAGAGUAGGGAAAAAAACCUUGAGUCUUUAGUCGUCUGCUGCAGUCUAUACGGCAUUCCAGUUUCUUGGCAUCAGCCUGAAUAUUGAAGCUUAAAGGAGCUGCAGCAAGACUCCAGUCCAAGAAAGGGGGGAAAAAAAGCUCAUAAACCCUUUUCACACAUAAACUCCUGACAUUUUUUAGAUAACUCCAGGACAUUUAGGCUCAGAUAUUUUCAGAGACUCGCUUUUUUACACAUGCACCCCACAGCGGGAGAGUUUUCCUAUCAGAGGUGUCCUUACCUGAGGUGAGGAGGGUGCCUGGCAAGAGGAGUAGGCUCUUUUUUAACGGUUUCAGUGUUUUUUGGAGUAUGAAUACAAAAGUAGAUUACAGAGAACUGAGGCUCGUAGUAAAGAGACAGCCGAGAGAGACUCCACUCGAUGUGAAUGUCAUCACCUGCCUACUCUCUCUCGUAGUGAAUUGUCCCGAUUUGUAACUGCUGAGUUCACACAUCAGCUCGACAGAAAUCUUGUGAAAACUCAAUCGAUGGGGCGUCGGGAAAAAAUCCAAAUAAAGUUGGGCUGAAAAAUUUGACUUUUUAAAUUCACAUAGACAGGAAUAGUUGGUUACUACAGAGCAGAGCAGGACUCAGGAUGUAACAACCUAAAACCCAGAAGGAUGGCAGAUCAUGAACUGUGCGAAAAUGGCUCAAUAUGUAAUGUCAAUGCUGGUUUUGUUUAUUUUUUUGUUGAUAUGACCAAAAAAAAGGUUUGAAUCAUUGUCUGACCCUCAUCUCCUUCCUCCCCCUUUCCUUAGAUGAGGCGCGCUCCAAAAAGUGCGGCAUCCUGGUGCACUGUUUGGCGGGCAUCAGCCGCUCCGUGACGGUCACGGUGGCCUACCUGAUGCAGAAGCUCAACCUGUCGCUCAACGACGCGUACGACUUUGUGAAGCGGAAAAAGUCGAACAUUUCCCCGAACUUUAACUUCAUGGGCCAGCUGCUGGACUUUGAGCGGACACUGGGUCUCAACAGCCCCUGUGACAACCACUCGACCUCUCCGACGCACGACCAGCUCUUCUUCACCACGCCGACCAAUCACAAUGUGUUUCAACUGGACACGCUGGAGUCCACAUGA